GCGCCGUUCAUCAUGAUCGCGUUAUUUAACAAGCUGCUGGACUGGUUCAAGGCGUUAUUCUGGAAGGAGGAGAUGGAGCUGACGCUGGUCGGCCUGCAGUACUCGGGAAAAACCACAUUCGUCAACGUGAUUGCGUCAGGUCAGUUCAGUGAGGAUAUGAUCCCUACGGUCGGCUUCAACAUGCGUAAAAUCACCAAGGGUAACGUCACCAUUAAGUUGUGGGAUAUCGGAGGACAGCCGCGCUUCAGGAGUAUGUGGGAGCGGUACUGUCGUGGGGUCAGCGCUAUAGUGUAUAUGGUUGACGCAGCUGACCCAGAGAAGAUCGAGGCGUCCAAGAAUGAACUCCACAACUUGUUAGAUAAACCACAGCUGCAGGGCAUUCCUGUUCUUGUUUUGGGCAAUAAGCGAGAUCUUCCUGGCGCUCUGGACGAGAAGGAACUGAUCGAGAGAAUGAAUUUGUCGGCCAUUCAGGACAGAGAGAUCUGCUGUUACUCCAUUUCCUGUAAGGAGAAGGACAACAUUGACAUCACACUACAGUGGCUGAUCCAACAUUCACGAACCAGGCGGAGCUGAGGAGGCGUCUGAUUGGAGGAACAGCAUCAUGUGAUCAACUGUAUUUUAGGCGCUCUUGAUUUCAUUCUUAACAAACAUCCGCCCCUCCCUUUGUUCUUAUAAACUAAUCGAUAGUAUUUACAUCAUUUCAAGUUUUUUUUUUUUUUUUUUACUUGAAUGUGUUUUUUUACGGUUCAUAAUUAAGUGUGAAUGUCAUUUUGCGUGUUUGCUCAGACAUCACAUCCAGUCAGUCAGACAGUUGGAGCCCUGACGCUCAUCUAUCAGAACAAACGCUCGAUGCGCUGCAGUCAGGCGUUUAUCAGGGUGGUUUUGGAGACCUUGUACAGUUAUGACAUCAUUCUUACAGCCUGACAUCAUCAUCAUCAUCACAACUGUGACAUCAUUCUAUGGGCAUCGAGGUCACAUGACUUGCAUUUAUCUGACUUGUAGCAUUAAGAAGUUGUCUAUAAUUUUAUCAGCAGAAUGAAAUUGUUUUUGUGAUCAUAUUUGUGAAGGCUUUUAUGUGUGUGAAAAUAUGAUUAUCAGUAAAGUUUCCUCUGCCGUUGGUCUGGAGUGUUAACAAGUCGCUGUGAUUACAGCGUGGUGUCAAGUGACAUCAGUGGGUCGUCAUAGUAACUGUUCCCAUGGUGGCGUAAAUUGAGCUUUAAGAAGGUCUGUUUAGAACGCAUCAGUGCUUUGACGAUGUUAUAUGCGUUGGACGGAUUUGAUACCUGACAAGAUGCAAUACAGUAACAGUAUCAGACGAAGCUGCUUUCAGUUUAUUACUACACUCACAAUUCAUUCAAGCAAAUGUGUCUUUCAGAAUUUGUGUCUUUGCAACAGUUGUUGGGUCUUUGAACAAGUUUCUCUUUUUGUUUCAAUACCACUGACUCACAGAUCAUUAAGGCUCGUGUAUGCUUCGUUUUCUUCAUAUGCUGUUCCGUCUCACGAGAUAUAACGGUAUGCAGAAUACUAAAGGGUACUUUGGCUUUAACACUGUGUCCAAACGGGGUGACGCAAUAAAAGCUAUCUCUUCCAAGUGAGAGGUUUCGUCUUAACCAGCUGCAACAAGCGAUGAGUCGCAGGACAUUUUGUUGGUCGUUUGGUUUUUAUUUUUGCAGCGUCACAAAGUCCUGCUCUACAUAAUUGUGCAUUAAACUUUAAAUAUGUUCUCAUGUUACAGAGCAGUUUUAUAUUCAAUGUGAACAGCCACAUGCUUGUUGCUAUAAACUUGUUGCAUCGCGUAUGGACACUGUGUUAUGCUAACAUGGGUUUAUUAGUUAAAAACGGGAGAUAUAUGAAAUAUGCAGUGUAUCUCUUGCUGAAAUUCAGUGUUUCUUCACAAUGGUUUUGAGUUCGUCUUAGUUAUCUCUAAAGGUUAGGGGUGUAACGGUUCACUCAUCUCAUGAUUCGGUUCACGAUGCUGAACUCACGGUUCGGUUUGGUUCACGAUUCUUUAAAGUAAGCCUGAAUCAAGAAAAGUUAAGAUUUAAAGUUUUUAUUAUUAUUAUUACUUUAUAGUCAUAUGCAAAACAGUUUGUUUCCUUAAUAAUAUAGCUAAAAGUACUGUUCUUAAAAGUGCUAAAUGAUCGAUCAGAUCCCAGAAAAGGGGACUGUUGAAAUAAAAAAUAAAACAUUUACUGUUGAAAUCAGAUCAGACAUGACAUUUGACAUUCGGAUUAUAUUCCCCCAUAGCAUUAUUACUAGUGCUGUCGAAGUUAAUGCGUUAAUAACGGAAACCCUGCUUCUGUCUCCAAGGUUCUGUCAUAGCGUCUCUGUUUGAUAGUGCACUAGCCAUUGCAGAAGUUGGAGACAUUGCUGGAAGGUAAUCUACACUGUCAUUAACCCAUUUAAUCCCACUGGUUACAGUUGUGACCGUGGCCUAAAAGGAGUUUUUGAUGUUUUUUGCACAGAGUUGUCAACUACUUUAAUUUGUAUAUAAUUUGAAUCAAGUUGUGUUGUGUUCAUUUUUUGUUGCUCAGCUCUGUUGGUGGGGUAGGUUUUGUGUAGAUGACUGAAAAAUACAUCUGGAUGAAGCAUAUUUUGUCCACUCAUGUUUAUAAAAAUAUUGCGAUUAAUCGCGAGUAACUACAAAAAAAGUAUGCAAUUAAUCGCGAGCAACUACAAAAAAAGUAUGCGAUUAAUCGUGAGCAACUACAAAAAAAGUAUGCGAUUAAUCGUGAGCAACUACAAAAAAAGUAUGCGAUUAAUCGCGAGCAACUACAAAAAAGUAUGCGAUUAAUCGCGAGCAACUACAAAAAAGUAUGCGAUUAAUCGCGAGUAACUACAAAAAAUGUAUGCGAUUAAUCGCGAUUAAAUAUUUUAAUCGUUUGACAGCCCUGGUACCUAAUAUUCAGCAUUAUAUAUAGUAGAUUAAUAUGGCACUCUCAUUAAACGUCUGUAAACUUUAAUUUUCUCUCGCACUGUCAGAGCAGAUCACUCUUGCGCUUCAAACUGACAUUCAAACUGAAAAGGCAUGUCUCUCUUCCACUCCUGGUUUCACUUUCAGCCGAACUCAUGGUACAGGUACAACACCUGUGGCUGAUAGUGUGCAAUCAUAUUUUAGAGCUCUUUGUGUCAAAUGAAGCGAUUUCCAUGUGUAUGCCGUGUUACGUAGGCAUAGGAAGUCAUACGUAUUGGAUAGAACAGAUGCUAAAAUAAUUGUAAAACAAAUUUUAAAAACCGUCCCAUCUCCACAAUGCGCAUCGUCACAUUUUUGAACCAUGAUGCAUCAUGCCACGAUAAACCGUUACACCCCUACUAAAGGUUUUUCAUAUUUGGGAGAGGCAGACAUUUUAUUAUUUUUCUUGCUUAAUUGUUCGUUUACAGACAAUUUCAUUUUGUCACAUGUGUGGAUGUUUUUUGGCCACUGUUGGAUAAUACAUAUGUAAAUUUGCUUUAUGUUAUUUUUGCCAUGUUUAUACUGUUUAUAUUUUCAUAGUGUUUUUGAACUGGAUUGUUUAUAUAGCAACUUAUACCAAAAGAAAUCACCCUACUGAUCGUUACAGUGUUUGUCCUAUUGCGAUUAGCGUCCUAUGAUGAUGAUGAUAAUGAUAAUGAUAAUAAUAAUAAUAAUGAAAGAAAAUCCCACUCAUGUUCUCAGCAAUUUGAACAAACAGAUUGUGUGUGUGAAUGUGUGAGUGAUUGUAUUUGUGUGCAUGGAAUUGCAAACAUUUACUUUUCAUUGAUUUCUGCUACUGGUGAUAAUUUUAUGUUUAUCUGGCCAUUCAAUAAUGUUACGUGUUUAAUUUUGUGUAUAGUAUCAAAAGUUACAGUAGGUAUCUAAACCUAAUAUAAACAAAGAGUGACGCGACGCAAUGCGACAAAUCAACAAUAUUCAACAAAGCUACACUGCAAGUGUGUGUAGCUUCGUUGAACUUAUGUAAUUUACUUAGUUUACUUGUGUCACAAAGUUGACUUUGAUAUACCAAAGUUGUUUAUGAAGUUGACAUGACGGUUAUGUAAUGACUUUAGUUACCAUGGUAGUCAAUAAAGUUACCAUGGUUAAUUUCUAUAAUAAGUCAACUUUGUUAAUUACAAAAGGUUGUUUAUGAAGAUGACAUUCACAACAUUAAGUUACGACAUAACAACAGUUGUUUGCAAAGUUAACAUAGUAAAAGUUUUGUACAAAGUCAUUUAUCAAAGUCUCUCAUGCUUGAAGUCAGUGUGAAAGUCGCAUAUCGAAAUCGACUUUGACAUCAUAAAAUUUACAAACUUGCAUAACAAAGACCAUUUGUUGAUUACAUUUUGUUGAUUUUUACAUGAGUUACGUAACAAAGUUGACUUUGGUCUCACGCUUGCUUUAUAACGAAGUCAACGUGUUCAAGUAACACACCGAAAACCAUUUUGACGUAAAAAAAUGAAAACUUGUGUAACAAAAACAAUUUGUUGAUUACAUUGUUUAGAUUUUUACAUGAAAGUUACGUAACAAAGUUGACUUUGUUCAGCAAAGUCUCACGCUUUAUAACGAAGUCGAUGUGUUCAAGUAACAUACUGAAAUCAACUUUGACGUUAUAAAAUUAGCAUAUAGUGUAACAAAGACGAUUAGUUGAUUUUUACAUGAAAGUUACGUAACAAAGUUGACUUUGUUCAGCAAAGUCUCAUGCUUGCUUUAUAACGAAGUCAACUUGACAAAGUAAAAUACCAAAAUCAACUUUGACAACAAAAUUAGCAAACUAGCUUAACAAAGACAAUUUGUUGAUUUUUACUAGAAAGUUACGUAACAAAGUUGACUUUGAUCAGCAAAGUCUCAUGCUUGCUUUAUAACGAAGUCAACGUUUUCAAGUAACAUACCGAAAACCAUUUUGACGUAAAAAAAUGAAAACUUGUGUAACAAAAACAAUUUGUUGAUUACAUUGUUUAGAUUUUUACAUGAAAGUUACGUAACAAAGUUGACUUUGUUCAGCAAAGUCUCACGCUUUAUAACGAAGUCAGCUUGUCAAAGUCAAAUACUGAAAUCAACUUUGACGUAACAAAAUUAGCGAAUUAGUGUAACAAAGACAAUUUGUUGAUUUUUUUUACAUGAAAGUUAUGUAAAAAAGUUGACUUUGAUCAGCAAAGUCUCAUGCUUGCUGUAUAACGAAGUCAACGUGUUCAAGUAAAAUACCAAAAACAAUUUUGAUGUAAAAAAAUGGCAAACUUGUGUAACAAAGACGAUUUGUUGAUUACAUUGUUUUGAUAUUUACAUUAGUUACGUAACAAAGUUGACUUUGUUCAGCAAAGUCUCAUGCUUGCUUUAUAACGAAGUCAACUUGUCAAAGUAAAAUACCGAAAUCAACUUUGACAACAAAAUUAGCAAACUAGCGUAACAAAGACAAUUUGUUGAUUUUUACUAGAAAGUUACGUAAAAAAGUUGACUUUGAUCAGCAAAGUCUCGCUUGCUUUAUAAUGAAGUCAGUGGUUCACAGUCACAUACUGAAAUCAACUUUGACGUAACAAAAUUAGCAAACUAGCUUAAACUAUUUGUUGAUUUAUGUUUUUUCUAUUUUUAUAUGAAAGUUACGUUAAAAAGUUGACUGUUCAGCAAAGUCUCGCUUGCUUUAUAAUGAAGUCAUUAUACUGAAAUCAACUUUGACGUAAAAACAUUUGCGAACUUGCGGAACGAAGAUGAUUUUGGCAACAUUGCAAAGUAAUAAAGUCAUGUACCAAGUCAAUGUAAGAAAGUCGACUUUGUUUUAACGAAGUUGUGUUCUUUAAGUGUAGGCAACUUCGUUGUUUUUUUUAUGGAAGGGUACAAAUUUUGUCAUGUUGCAUCGCUCGCAGCGUAGACAUGAUGUUACAUUACUAACGCCACGAAACAUGAACUACAACUUUCAUGAUGUUCGUUAUGUAUUUUUUUUAUUUUUAUUAAGUGGCCAUAAUUUUUAUUUUAAACUGUCACUGUUUUAAUUGUUUGCUUGGGGAAUGAAGUAAUAUUACAUUGGCGUCCCCUUGCAUGACUCAUUAUGGGAUGGAACAGGUUGCCAUAAUAACUGUAUAAUUAAACUGAAAUUAAUCAGCGUCUGAAUGGACCAAGCCCAAUAAUGUUCAUUACAGAACGUCUUUUCCUCUUUAUACUGUAUUUAUCAUUGACAUAACAAGUGUUUCUGUAGAAGACUUGUUCAUCUGAACUUUUCAGUUUUCAAAUCUUUUUAUUCUCUCGUCCUGGCGGUGAUAACUGUACGUUGAUAUUGUUAUUUACAGAUUGUUUAAAAAUGAAAAUUAAAUAAUUUCCCUCUCAGA